GAGUCCACGAUGGCUGAAGCGAAGGCCGGAAGCUCCCUGUGCAUUCUGGGUAGUGUAGUCAGGAGAAUGGGCCGUACCUAAUUCAUUUUGAGGGGCGUACUAUCUAGCAUAAGACGACCCCGAUCCGCGGCACCGCGCCUCGGGUUUCGGAUCCGGAACUUCCGGUAAGCGUCCCCGAGCGUCCAUCCCCGAGCUGCGGCGUCGGCUGUGAGGGACGCGGUGCUUGGACUCCAUCCGAGCGUUUUCUGGGUUGAGCGGCUUCGGCAGCGGUGACACAUCAUGUUCUCUUUCAACAUGUUUGACCACCCGAUUCCCCGGGUCUUCCAGAACCGCUUUUCAACACAGUACCGCUGCUUCUCCGUGUCCAUGCUUGCAGGGCCUAAUGACAGGUCAGAUGUGGAGAAAGGAGGGAAGAUAAUUAUGCCUCCCUCAGCCCUCGAUCAACUCAGCCGACUUAACAUCACCUACCCCAUGUUAUUCAAACUGACCAACAAGAACUCAGAUCGCAUGACACACUGCGGUGUGCUGGAGUUUGUAGCUGAUGAGGGCAUCUGCUACCUCCCACACUGGAUGAUGCAGAAUUUGCUACUGGAAGAAGGGGGCCUGGUUCAGGUGGAGAGUGUCAACCUUCAAGUGGCCACAUACUCUAAAUUCCAGCCUCAAAGCCCUGACUUCCUGGACAUCACCAACCCCAAAGCAGUGUUGGAAAACGCAUUGAGAAACUUUGCCUGCCUGACCACCGGGGAUGUGAUUGCGAUCAACUACAAUGAGAAAAUUUAUGAACUGCGGGUGAUGGAGACUAAACCUGACAAGGCCGUGUCCAUCAUCGAGUGCGACAUGAAUGUCGACUUUGAUGCUCCACUGGGCUACAAAGAACCUGAAAGACAAGUCCAGCAUGAAGAGUCCACCGAAAGUGAAGCUGACCACAGCGGCUAUGCAGGAGAGCUGGGUUUCCGUGCUUUCUCUGGCUCUGGGAACAGAUUGGAUGGGAAGAAGAAAGGUGUGGAGCCCAGUCCUUCCCCAAUCAAGCCCGGAGAUAUUAAGAGAGGAAUUCCCAAUUACGAAUUUAAACUUGGUAAGAUCACUUUCAUCAGAAAUUCAAGGCCUCAGGUCAAAAAGGUUGAAGAGGAUGAAGCUGGGGGCAGAUUCGUCGCAUUCUCUGGAGAAGGACAAUCCUUACGCAAAAAAGGAAGAAAGCCUUAAAUUGGAACUAUUGGCUGACUGGAAAAUAAAAGAAUCGAUUGCAACAUAUAAUGGCUUUUAGUUACUGGCUCUGCCCGGGAUGAAACUAUAUCUGGACGCUCUGUGACUUUUGGUUUGCUUAGAGUUACCUAAAAAUGACCGCAUUUGACAUUGAAGUAGAACAGCAAAACUUCAUGAUGUGUGCUUGGUUUGGGGAAAGAAAAAAACCAACUCUGUUCCUGAAAGAUUGAAAUUUCUCAAUUUCAGCUUCUCAAUUUCAGCUUAGAGGGGCCCACUCCCACUCACUCACAGCCAAAGCCUCCUUCCUAACAAAGGACAGUGGAGGGAGUUUAAUUGCUCUGAUUUAAAGUGCUCUCUUUUUCAGUUUGUCCUUUCUUUUUUCUGGUCCAUAGCUUAGAAGUUGCCUCAGGCCUUGGGUAGGGGGGGAAUGGUUUAAAUUUAUAUUCUAUAAAGUGUUUAUUCCAUUACUCUGGCUAUAAUUUAAGUAUUUGAAGAAGGUUGUUUUGUUUCAGUUUUUUUUUUCUUCGAAAGAACUGUUCCUCAGAAGGAAAACCAAUCCAUAUGCCUUUCUACUUUUAUUUUAUAUGAAAAUAACUGGUUCCUUAACAAGUAUGUUCUAUGAUGAAACAAUUUUGUGGCAAAGCACAAAUGUGAUUAGAACAAAAACGUGCUAACAAUAUCUUCUUUAUCUGCCCUAUAUCCCAAGUCUAUUUUACUGUAUUAAGUUAUCCGAGGUUCUGCUUGCCUGUCAUUUUUUAACUGUAGUGUUUGGUCUCAGAUAUUCACUAUGUGAUAUAUUCUGACAUGUUAAUCCAGUUAUUUAAAUCUCUUGUUCCUCAAAAUAAAACGGCCGAUGAUUAAAACCA